CAGAGCUUCAAGACGUUUUGUUCCCGCUAAUUCCUCUCUCAUCUCCUCAAGAGCGCUCCAUUUCUUCAUUCCUUCUAUUCGGCCCUACUAUUCUUACCUUCGAUGAGCGAACACGAGUCGCCUUGAUUGAUUUUAAUCCUGUAGUUUGCACGGUACGUCGUUCGCAUCGAGACUGAGGAACGGGUUACUCGUCUCGAGGAAGAGCUGGAUUACACCGCACCAUGAGGAAGCUGGAGUUCAAGAUGCCUUCCGUAUUGGACAAGGUGUCUGCACCAUUCAGACCUAAACCCGUCUUCAACCAGCCCGUCUGCACCGAGAGGAGAUAUUACGCAUCACGGGCCCUCCACAGCAUCUCGCUCGUCCUGCUCGUCGUGAUAGCCGCCGCUGUCGUUGGUCUCAAGGCCGAGACCAUCAACUUCAUGGAGGACAACAAGGACACGGGCUUUGAAUUCAAGACAGACGACCCUCAGCCCACUAUUCUGGCCGCACUACCACGAAACCUCUUCACUGCGCCCGCAAAACUGGCGCUCGUGGCUGCAGCUAUCUCACUCACCGUUGGACUUGGGCACGUCGUAUUUGUCUUCCUAGACUGGAAGGAGGGCAAGAAGACGCAAGCAUACGCCUUCCGCCGUAACAUGAUGUUCCUCCACUUUAUCAACAGCAUCCUCGUCCUCUUCGCCCUCGUCUCCACCUACGUAACCCACAAGUCCUCUUCCCACUUCAACGAACGCUACAUCAACUACAAGGCCGACCGAGCUUCAUCAGACGACGGCAUGCGCUACAACAUCGGGACCUUCGACCUGGAGACGUGGUCCUGCGAGCUCAAGAUCGUGCCCGGUGCCUUCAUGGUCUCAGAAGACUACCGGAAGCAGUGCGCCAUCGAGAUGGCUGGGCGCGACAUGAUGAUUCCGUUCUUGAUCGUCGCUUGGGUGUUAUGUGGGCUGAGCAUCUGGCAGAUGAUUGGCUGCAGGCGGGAUGCAAAUGGCGAGCGUAUCAAGACGGAGCAGGUCGAAGUGGAGAUGGGGAAGAUGAACGCUGUUUGAGUUCAAUGCCUGUGGCAUAAUCGGCGUCAGGUCGGCUUGUUUCCGCUUCUUAGUCGCGCUCAAUAUUCGGGCAAUAGUGUGCCGUGCGUAGGCCCGUAUUCCUCUCUAGUACAGGUGCGAUGAUACCCGGGAUUACUUUCGUUAACUACCGUUC